GCAGGGACCCGUAUCUGGACAGGUUUUGAGAUCUCAUUACGCAUCCCUGCGCCAGUCAUAGCACCAACAAGUCCAGCACUCGGCCUGCGGUUCAGGAUGUUGGACGCCUUCGAGAUUAUCAAUACUUCGGGGGUUGUACUCUGGUCCAGGAGCUAUGCGCCUGUUAGCCCCUCGGUGGUCAACAACUUCAUCUCGGAUGUCUUCAUCGAGGAGAAGAGUACAGUCGCUGGCGCAAAGGACGGCGCAUCGGCGGCCUCUAACCCACCGUACAAGCACGACCAGCACAGCUUGCGAUGGACCUUCAACAAGGAACUCGGUAUCAUUUUUGUCGCCGUCUACCGCUCUCUCCUGCACCUGCCCUGGGUCGAUAAGCUUGUCGACAACAUUAAAGCCAUCUUCGUGAGUCUCUACGACGACCAGCUCAAGAAGCCGAAUACCACAAUUGUCCAGUGCGUCAAGUUCGACGAGUACUUCGACCAGCAGCUCCGAGAGCUCGAACAAGCGGGAAACAAGUCAGACGCGCGCGCGUACGGUGAUGAGACGGUUUCAGGGAGUAUAAAGGAUGAACCUCCUCUGCCAUCCGCUCUUUCGAACCAUGCCAAGGCCCAGAACAAGUCGUCGGCCGAGUCCAGCCCGGUUCCGACGCCCAAUGUCUCGCGCCCGUCGACUCCCAGUGCAAGCCACUUGCUAGUGGCCAAGCCUGGCCCAGGGGCCAAAAUGUCGAGACGAGCCAGGAAGAUGCAGAAUAAUAACCCGGUACCGCCCUCUUCAGGGGACGAAGCCACGGGGCGAAAGGGCAAGCCGGCCAAAGCUGCCAAGCGCGGGAGGAAGUGGGAUGCCGACGGGUUGGCGGACGAGACCGACGAUGUCCAACUCGACUACUCAGUCCACGCAUCUACGACCGACAAUGAAGCUGUUGCUGGCGGGAGGCCCGGUGCCGUCGAGGAGGUGGAUGCUUCUACCUGGGGAUCAAGGACAAAGGGGAAGUUCGUACUCAGGGACUUGGGCGAUGAGGUGCAUUCAAUCCUGGCAGAUGCCGAGGCUAAGAACAAGGCGGCAACCGAGACGGAAGCAUCCACCGGCCUUGUCGGGUCGAGUCUAAGCGCUAUCGGAGGACUCUUCAGGAACGUCGUUGGUGGCAAGACGUUGACGAAGCAGGAUCUCGAGAAGGCCAUGAAGGGGAUGGAGGAGCAUCUGCUCAAGAAGAAUGUUGCACGCGAGGCCGCCGUGAGGUUAUGCGAGGGCGUGGAGAAAGAACUCAUCGGCGUCAAGACCGGAAGCUUUGAGAGCAUCAACUCUAGGAUACGAAAGGCCAUGGAAGCCUCGCUCACCAAGAUGCUUACCCCCACCUCUUCCCUCGAUCUUCUUCGCGAAAUCGACUCGGUCACGUCCCCGCCCGCCACUUCGCUUCGCAAAGCCCGCCCUUACGUCAUGUCCAUUGUCGGCGUGAACGGCGUUGGCAAGUCCACCAACCUCUCCAAGAUCUGCUUUUUCCUCCUGCAGAACCAGUACAAGGUGCUCAUCGCCGCCGGCGACACAUUCCGCUCCGGCGCGGUCGAGCAGUUAGCUGUGCACGUGCGCAACCUGAAAGAGCUAACCGCCCGAGAGGGCGGCAAGGUCGAGUUGUACCAGAAGGGGUACGGCAAGGAUGCGGCAGCCGUGGCCAAGGACGCAGUCGCCUUUGCCGCCCAAGAGGGUUUCGAUGUUGUGCUCAUCGAUACUGCUGGGCGGAGGCAUAACGACCAGCGGUUGAUGUCAUCGCUGGAAAAGUUUGCCAAGUUCGCGCAGCCGGACAAGAUUCUGAUGGUUGGCGAGGCACUCGUCGGAACGGACUCGGUUGCGCAGGCGAGAAACUUCAACGCCGCUUUCGGGUCUGGCCGGUCGCUGGACGGCUUCAUCAUCUCCAAGUGCGAUACCGUCGGGGAUAUGGUAGGCACUCUGGUUAGCAUCGUACAUGCCACGAACGUGCCGGUCUUGUUUGUUGGUGUUGGCCAGCACUAUUCGGACUUGAGGAACUUCUCGGUCAAGUGGGCGGUCGAGAAGCUGUUGAGCAGCGCAUGAAGUGGUUGCGGAGGGCUAAGUGGACAUGAAGCGCGUCUAGGGUAGUUUGCACUCGGGAUAGUCAACGUCUCCUCCCUGGCUAAGACAUGAGCAUGUAUGCAAAGGUGCAAUUUUCUGGGAUGCAAAAGGAUAGUUACCCGUGUCUCGGUUCUCAGGGGCAAGGGAAGGAAGGAUAAGGGUUAGGGUUGUAUAUGUGGCUCUUUCCAAUUGCUCUCUUUCAAAUUGACUGUCACGUGCUUUCGUGCCUCC